UUAGAAUUCUUCCUAAUGCAUGUAGGUAGAAGGUUUAGGCAUGAAAGUGUUUCUGCUGUGUUUAUUCUGUUGUAUGACAACCUUUACACAGGGAAAGGAUAUAACAGUUAAAGGAAAUGAUGACAACUGGUUUCGAUUUGCUUCUUAUUAUCAAAACAAAAUGGUUCUGCAGCGUGAACCACACCGUGCUAACAUAUGGGGCUAUGGCAUGCUGGGUGCAAAUAUGACAUUAUCUAUUUCUGGUACUAAUUACACAACAACUGUAAGAGUUGGCCCAAAUAAAGCUUUUGUUUGGAACUUUAUUCUGCCACCCUACAAAGCUGGGGGGCCGUUUUCAAUAAAAGUCUAUCAUGAGUUUUAUGGAUUAUUAACUUGGAUAGAAUUGAAGGAUGUUCUAUUUGGUGAUGUUUGGGUUUGUAGUGGGCAGAGUAAUAUGCAAUUCACUGUUUCAAUGGCAUUUAAUCUGACUGAAGAAUUGAAAGCAGCGUCAAAUUAUAAUAAAAUACGACUUUUAACAGUUGGCAGUGUUGAGUAUUUGUUUCCACUUUAUGACCUUGUGUCUGUCAUACAACGAUGGUCAAUUCCUUCAGCAGAAACUUUGGUUGGACCGCCAUGGACUUACUUUUCAGCUGUUUGCUGGUUUUAUGGAAAGAAAUUGUAUGAGGUGUUGGAUGUUCCUAUAGGCCUAAUAUCAUCUGCUUAUAUUGGCAGUGCAAUAGAGCCUUGGUCUUCACCGGAUGCAUUGAAAACAUGUGGCUUGUUUAAACCAAACUUAACAGAUAUUAACAAGAUUAAAAAUGCAGCAUUCCCAUUUGUUAACUCUAUAUUGUGGAAUGUGAUGAUACACCCUUUGUUGAACAUGACAAUUAAAGGGGUUAUUUGGUACCAAGGCGAAUCCAACACAGAAUAUCACAACGAACAUUACUCCUGUUCAUUCCCUGCCAUGAUAAGGGAUUGGAGAUUGAAAUGGUAUGAAGGUACCAAUGAAAACACACACAAACAAUUUCCCUUUGGAUUUGUUCAGUUGUCAGCAGUUGGUAUUGACAGUAUCCCUAAUGAUGGGAAAUUUCCAUUGAUAAGAUGGCACCAAACUGCUGACUAUGGUUAUGUUCCAAACAAAGUAAUGCCAAAUACAUUCAUGGCUGUUACCAUGGAUCUUCCUGAUCUAACAUCUCCGUUGGAAAGUAUCCACCCUCGUGAUAAACAAGAUGUAGCUCAACGCCUUUUACUCGGCUCUUUAAAAGUUGCAUACGGCCAUAAUGUUAAUUCAGAAGGUCCACUUCCAAGUUCUGUUAGAAGUUAUGGAAAAUCGAAAAUUUUGCUUCAAUACCCAACCACCCAACACCUCAUUGUGCAAGAGAAAGGAAAUUUUGAGGUGUGUUGUGACCAAACCAAGUGCAAACUAGCAGACCCAUAUCCAUCUCUAGUUUGGAAAUGGGCUCCAAUUUCUGCUCAUACAAAUCACACGAUUACACUUGAUGCGCAGAAAUGCAGAAAUAUUGGAGUGCCAGCACAAUUUGUUCGUUAUGCGUGGGCGCUUGCCCCUUGCAAAUUCAAGCAAUGCUCGGUUUACAAUAACAAUGGUCUUCCAGCACCCCCGUUCUUUUUACCAGUCAUAUUAUAACUGUAUUUAUUGAGUUUUUUUUUCACUUGAAACCAGCUAUGAAAUUUUGUUCUUUAUUUUUAUAUGUUACUGACGCAGAAUUUUUAGCAAUUUUACAAUAACGCGCUUGCUGUUAAAUACUUUUUGUACUUUACUUAUUUCGCAAACUGUCCCAAUCUCCUUUAUUAUUUUACCUAAUCGAAAUACAUUUCUUCAACUUUAAGGUUUUAACAGAAAAUAUGUUACGAACGAUUUUUACAUCACCACGCCACUUGGCAAACCAAACGUCGUAACGAAAAACUUCCCUUUAUUUGUUUGAUGAGCAAUUUCUUACAAUCGCCGUUUGUCAAUGUACGUUAUUGAAACCGCGCUUAUGCUGAAACGUUACACGCACGUACGCGAUUUAAAAAUAUUAAAAUACAGAAAUGUAAGAAAAAAAGUUCUAAAAAAUACAACUUUUUUAGUGAUUAAGAUUUUUAAAUGCAAAAUAAUUAGAGACCAAGUAAGGCAAAAUAUUGUAAAAUAAUCACUCUUGUUUUUACAUUGGUGUGAUGUUGUCGGCUAUAGUUUGCGUCUAAUUUUCAAAAAACGGGCAGUUCCGAGUCACUGUUCGUGGCUAGGCGUUGGAGUUAUUUCUGUAGCGCUUGUAUAUUGCAUCAGUAUAGCCCUUGUGUUAAUAACCGUGGUAAUAAAUAUUCAACAAACC